GAUUUCGGUAUUAAAUAAUAAUAAUUGGCAACUAUAGUUGGCGUUUCUUUUUAAGGGAACGGUUUUGGGCAGGCGAAAUAGAUCUCUGCGAUUCAUUCCUCUCGGAUUCUCUACUUUUCGAUUCAUUCUCUUUGCGAUCCAAUCAUCAUCGAAUAAGAUGCCUCACGGAACCCUUGAAGUCCUUCUGGUUAGUGCCAAGAGUCUUGAGAAUACCGAUUUUCUCAACAACAUGGAUCCCUAUGUGAUCCUCACCUGUCGCACUCAGGAGCAGAAAAGCAGCGUAGCAUCAGGUAAAGGAUCUGAUCCGGAGUGGAAUGAAACUUUCGUUUUCAACUUGACCGGUGACGUUUCGGAACUCGUAUUGAAGAUAUUGGACAGUGAUGCUGGCACGGAUGAUGAUUUCGUAGGAGAAGCAACCAUCCCGCUAGAUGCUUUGUUCACUGAAGGAAGCAUCCCACCUACGGCGUACAACGUUGUCAAGGAUGAGGAGUAUCACGGGGAGAUUAAACUCGGCCUCACUUUUACCCCUGAGGCGCGCAGCAGUGAAUAUGUGGAAGAGGAAAACUUAGGCGGAUGGCAGCAAUCUAGCAGAGACUUUUAAAUACAGGGGUGGCGCGUUUGGAGAUCCUAAAUCCAUUAGUCGCUUAAGGAGCUACAUGCUUUGUUUCCAAGAUUGCAAAUUACGUCCGUGUUUAUUGUUCCUCCUUCGUUUGGUUGGAUUUUUGUCUUUAGCUGCCUACAACUUUCGUUCUCUGAUCAUUAAUAAUAAUGGCUACCUUUUAUAA